AUGUAUUAUUUGGCGAAAUUUUGCCGGAUAUGCAUCCAGAGCCACGUGACUCUGAUCGACAUCGAUACGGUUGAUUUCGACGAGGUGAAGUUGAGCGAGAAGUUGGAAGUUUGUGCCAAAAUGGUUGUGGGAAGAGAAAGUCUGUCGACGGAAAUAUGUGUUCAGUGCGUUAUAAAGUUAAGGAUAUCCUAUCAGUUUUACACAAUGUGCAAGAAAUCCUCAAAAAUGCUGCAGGGGUACUUGGAGGAGUUGAUUGGUCCAGGGAAAGUGGAUCCUGACAAUUUUGUCAACAACGAUCUGUCAGUGUGCAUUACACCUGUACCACACACUGAAACUGACAGUCCUUGCAAGAGGAAAAGGAUUAGCAAAGGACAAAGAUGCUCACUACUAAAAAAAUUACUAACCCAAAACCCAAACCAUGAACCUUGCGAUGAGGGUGGGGGGUUGCGAAACAUAAUAAACUUCACGAGAAAUUACGAAUUUAAUUACAGUGAUAAAAGCAAAGAGAACCCUCUAGACAAAUUAACUGAAUUCUCAAAGGAUUUUUUCAGAAACGACUUCUCACAAUUCAGGGACACCAUCCUUUACAUUAUUGAAAAUAAGGAUAAUACAGACAGUGAGGAGGACUUAUUUGAUUUCUCUGAAGAAGAUGAGGAUGAAAAUGAUAAUAAAAUAGUUAAAUUUGAGGAGAUGAUCAUAGAACCUGACAUCCAAAUAAAAAAUGAAUGUCUCUAUGAAGAAGAAGACUGCACAAUAGAAAUCAAAGAGGAGGAGGAGGAGGAGGAGGAGGAUAUCUCCCAAAAUGCAAUGCAACUUCUUGACCGUUUAGUGGAGAAUUACCCCCAUGGUCACAGAAAAACAUUCUCAUCCAGUAGUGUUCGAUGUCGGACACGGAACAAUCCAUACAUAAGCCCCAUGUUGAAGCAACAGUUUCUUUUCAGGAAUUUUAAGUGUAAUAGAUGUGAUAGAUAUUUCAAAAGUCCAGGUUACCUGAAAGCUCAUAAGACUAAGGUUCAUUUGCAUGAUUUGCAUGAUUAA